UCCCGGGCAGCGCGCGCUCAGUGUGCCCGAGUGUCCCGUGUUGCGUGAGCGCAGUCCCGUGUGUGGACAUAACUUUGGCACUUGUCCGCAAAAAGCAGCUAAAGUCAGCAAUAUGCAGAUCGUUCUGGCCACUUGUCUUUUGCUGUUCGCAGCUGCCCUUGGGCCCUCGGCAGCUCAAAGAAUAACGACCAUACAGUUGGACGGAGUACAAUAUUUCAUCUCAAGAAUGAAUCCUUACAGUCCGGAGCUCAACUAUUUCUUAGCUUAUCAAUACUGCAGAUCAUUAGGUCUACAAUUAGCAUCAUUCGAGACGAAAGAAAAGGCAGACUCCAUAACGACAUAUCUGACUAAUGCAGGGUAUAACAAAUACGACUUCUGGACGUCAGGCAACAACCUCGGCACUGAUAUGUACCUGUGGAUGAGUACGGGAUUGCCAUUCAACGCUACCUUCAACUACAUGAGAAGGUUGACCAUGGAUGUACCCAGCCAGCGUUCCGACGACAGCAUUGACCCCCUGGAUGUACCACAGGGUAGCACGGCACCACAACGCACCGCUAGACAUGGUCGGUAUUCCAGAACGGAGCAUGUGAUGACGAACGGGUGCGUCGCUCUCAAAGCGCCGACCUUCCAUUGGGAGCCACAGCACUGCGGCGAGAUCAAGGAUUUCAUUUGCGAGCAGACCCGCUGCUACUACUACAAUUAUGGCUCCAUACCCGUAUCCUCGGCGCAGGGGAAGCCUCUCUCGCUGACGACCACGACUACCGCGCACCCGCUCACAUCAUCGUCUCCUCCGCCACCGCGCUCCGAGCACUUGCCAACCCACUUCACCUUGAAUGACCUCAUAGGCAAGCUGCGGCCUUCCUCUCUUGACGGUCUCCAGUCCCCGCACCUCAAGACAAAUGCGUUGCUCAAAUCCCCACCGCAGAUCGACUCACAUUAUUCACGAGCAGCAGAUGCCCACGCGCAUGACCACGAGCAUGAAGAAAAAGAGGAGCCAACUCAAGGGCCCUAUGCGGAGGAUGAUGGCAUGGUUGGGGACGACCCCGCAGCGUACUUGGGGCAGGAAGUCCACGACGCGCCUGCAGACGAUGCCCCGUCGACAGCCGAGCCGGACGCUACCGAGCAUUCCGUCCACGCCAGCGGUAUGCUGGCACCCCCCUCCUAUUAGCGUCCGGCUUAGUGCUCUCAUUAGUGUAAACGUUUCAUGACAAUUAGAAUUGAAUCUACCAAAAGUAUUAUUUUCAUUAAUUAGAAGCUUUUACGGAACGAGUUUAAUUAUUGGAGCUAACGUGCAAAGGGUGCAUUUUAUGUCUUGGUUAAUUGAUUAUUAUUCUCUUGAUAUUUCUAAAAUCAUAAAUUGCAUAGAGUAAUUUAUGAUAAUUAUGGUGAUUUCGAAGGUUUUUGGGGCAAUAAUAAAUGAAGGUGCUGGUGACUCGCUCGAUGCGACUUGCCUCCGUCUUCCGAAGUGCUGAAUAUCACAAAACGAGUAUUCCACGAAAUAUAUAGGUACCUAAACAUCGAUAAGGCGAUUAAGUAAGUGUGUCAGAUCUCUGGUGUUUUCAUUAAACCGUAAAAUGUAUUAAUUUAAUUUAAGAAAAUUGUGCGGAUAUUAUUAUUUCAGGACAUAUCAUUCGUAUAGUGUUAUAAGAUAGUGUUUAUAAACGUGACGUACCUAGCUAAGUGUAUUAAGUUGAAACUCAAGAAUUUAAAGAAUAGUGAUGUAGCGAAGUUAAUAAAGUUCAAACUUUUUAAGAAAA